AUGGCUUCCCUUCGCGAGACUAUCACACAACACGAAGCUGCCGGACACAACGCUGCCGCUGAUGCAGGCUUUCUACCAUAUAACCCGCCACGGCAACUUACUGUCUAUGAUGUGGUGGCUGGAAGAGCUGGUCUGAAUGGGUUUUUGACUCAAGAACAGAAGCAAUCAGAAAAUGUUUUGCCUAUCGCGCCAGAGGAAGUCCUUCUGCGCAGAUCCACCAUCGCAGAGCAUGUGAUAAAAGAAUCAUACGAUGCAGCAGGACACCUGUCUGAUGCCGAAAAACUGCCAGAGUCUGAACUUCUGAAAGCAGUGCAUUCAUACGCCUCGGAUUUCUACAGCCGCGCCGUGCCAGAGCAAGGAACGUUUGACUUUAGGAGCUUUGAUGAGACGGCUCUGAUAGCCUUCGGGAUUCUACUUGAGGAAGCAGUCAAGUCGGCCUUAGGACGGGAUGGGGAUAUGGUCUUCGUGGAGCCCGAGGGACUAGAGCAUGGGCUCGACGAAACAAAUUUGACCAGAUACCAGGUCAAGGGUCGGGUCAAGCCAGCACAGACCUCCAAAAUUGAUUCUUCCGAAGACAGUCUCAAUGAGGACGAAUCGCCAGCCAAAAGACCGCGCCGUUGA